ACCUCGUCAUUUCUGUCAUUGCGUGUCCUAACCUCACUUAUCAUAACUUUGAUUUUUAUUAUUAAAACACUUGUAUUGCAGUGAAAAAUCAAUUUUUAUUAACAACUAAAGCAUUUUUUGCAUAUUAAUUAAUUCAUUGCUUAGUUGAGUGUCUUUUCUAUGAGUCCCCCAGCAUGGCAACGUUCCAUAUAAGCGGAUCAGCUGACUGGGAAGUUCCCGAAAUUGGAGAGAGGCUGUGCCAAACUUUUGACCAGGGAAAAUCCAAGAAACUAAAGAGGAAAUUGAGGCCAAAGGGGUCGAGGGAAGACAAGGAGGGUUUGCUCAAUAAAAAGAGACAAAAAGUGGAGUCUAUAAAGGUACCUGUGAGUACCAAAAAGAGGACAAAUAAUGGGGAAAGUACCCAAAAGAAGAAGCAGAAGAUAAAACCCCUUAAAAAUGCCUCAAACCCUCAAGGAAUAAACGGGAAAAUACUGAAAAAACGUAAAGAGCAACUGGACCAACUGAAGGAGCUUAUAGCAAAUAAAGUGGUGCCCAAAAAGGUACCAAACCUGAGGCAAAAAAUGCUCUCGAAACUGAAGGGGGCCAGGUUCAGGUACCUGAACGAGCAAAUGUACGGUUCGACCGGAAGAGAGGCGGCCCAAUUGUUCCGGGAGGAUCCGGGAGCGUUCGAGGCCUACCACGCGGGUUAUAGGUUGCAGGUGAAAAAAUGGCCGCUGAACCCCUUGGAUAAGAUCAUCAAGUCCAUUGGUAAAAUGAGCAAAUCGCUGGUCGUAGCCGACUUCGGGUGCGGCGACGCCAAACUGUCAAAGUCGCUCGAGCAAACCGUACAUUCGUUCGACCUGGUGGCCUCGAACGAGCUCGUGGUCGCUUGCGACAUGUCAAAGGUGCCUUUGGAAAACUCCUCGGUGGACAUCGCCGUCUUUUGUUUAUCUCUGAUGGGUACCAACUUGAAGGAUUACUUGCUGGAGGCCAACAGGGUGUUGAAAAAGGGGGGUUUGUUAAAAGUGGCAGAGGUGGAGAGUCGGUUCCGGGACGUGCAAGGGUUCCUGCGGGACUGCGAGGCCUUCGGGUUCAAGAAAACCUGGAUGGACCUCUCCCGUAAUUUGUUCUAUUUCAUCGACUUUAAGAAGGAGCGCGACUGCGUUAAAGAGAGAAAGAGACUGCCCGACGUCGAGUUACUUCCUUGUUUAUAUAAAAAGAGAUAGCGAUAAUAAUGAAUGAAUAAAACGAGUGUCAAUAGUACAAA